UAUUCAUCAAGAAAGAAAAUGCUGACAAGUUCCUGGAAAGAAGAAAACGUGCUAACUCUUUUUUGGAGGAAUGGAAGAAAGGAAAUAUUGAAAGAGAGUGCAAUGAGGAGCGCUGCUCAAAAGAAGAAGCUAGAGAAGCCUUUGAAGACCAGGAAAAAACUGAGGAAUUCUGGAACGUCUAUGUAGAUGGAGACCAGUGCAGCUCAAAUCCUUGUCAGUAUGGUGGACAUUGUAAAGAUGCAAUUGGUUCCUACACUUGCUCAUGCUUGGAUGGUUAUCAAGGCAAGAACUGUGAAUUUGUCAUACCAAAGUACUGCAAAAUAAACAAUGGUGACUGUGAGCAUUUCUGCAGCAUCAAAAAAAGUGUGCAGAAGGAUGUUUUGUGUUCUUGUGCAAAAGGGUACGUUCUAGCAGAAGAUGGCAAGCGCUGUGUUUCAUCAGUAAAGUAUCCUUGUGGAAAAGUUUUUGUGAAAAGAAAAAAAAGAUCGAUUAUUUUACCCGCUGAUAAUAGCAAUGUAACUAGUGAUCAAGAUGGCCCUCCUACAAAUGAAACAAGCUUGGAGGAGGACUUUGUUACUACCACAGAAAGCCCAACUGUCUGUCCUGGAAAUGAAACAAGUGGCAAGACUCCAUAUGUCCAUACGAGGAUAGUAGGUGGUGAUGAGUGUCUUCUUGGCGAAUGCCCAUGGCAGGCUGUUCUGUUAAAUGAGGCAGGGGAAGAGUUUUGUGGUGGAACUAUUUUGAAUGAAAAUUUUAUACUUACUGCUGCUCAUUGCAUGAACCAAUCUAAAGAGAUCAAAGUCGUUGUUGGUGAAGUGGACAGAGAAAAGAAAGAACAGUCUGAAACAAUGCACACCGUGGACAAAAUAUUUGUUCACUCUAAAUACAUUGCCGAGACUUACGAUAACGACAUAGCCUUAAUAAAGCUGAAGGAACCUAUAGUGUUUUCUGAGUACGUUAUCGCAGCAUGCCUCCCAGAAGCAGACUUUGCUAAUGAAGUUCUGAUGAACCAAAGAUCUGGGAUGGUUAGUGGCUUCGGGCGUGAAUUUGAAGGUGGACGGCUAUCCAAAAAACUGAAAGUGCUUGAAGUCCCCUACGUUGAUAGGAACACUUGCAAGCAAUCCACUAACUUUGCCAUCACAGAAAAUAUGUUCUGUGCUGGUUAUGAAACAGAAGAAAAAGAUGCUUGUCAAGGAGACAGUGGAGGCCCCCAUGUAACCAGAUAUAAAGAUACUUAUUUUGUUACUGGAAUUGUUAGCUGGGGAGAAGGAUGUGCAAAGAAAGGCAAAUAUGGCAUCUAUACCAAACUGUCCAGGUUCUUACGCUGGGUAAGAACGGUCAUGAGACAAAAAUUGGCUCUGGGGGUUCCUGAUCCCAUCCUCGGUGUCGAUGACAGAGACAAAGGCGGCAUUAAAUGUCUGUGCUUUGUCUGCAUCCCUCUUUAUUUUGAACUUAACUGCUUCAUGGUCACUGUGGCCAAGUCAGCCACCAACUUCCACUUCACCCACAAGACCCUCUCUGUUAACAAGCAACAAGUCGAGGAAGGCACCUUUCCUGUCAUACCAAGUGCAUGCAAGGUCAACAAUGGGAACUGUGAGCAGUUCUGCAAAGCUGAAGAUGAAGGAGUCGUGUGUUCCUGUGCAGCCGGCUAUGCCCUGGGCAAUGACAACAAAACCUGUGUUCCUGUCGUCAAGUUCCCGUGUGGUAAGCUUCAGAGAACUCAUGAAGCCAGUCGAGAGAAAGUCAAUGGAAGCACAGCAAGGCCAGAUGCUCAUCCUGAAAAUGAGGAAAGUGCUGAGGCCCCGACCAGCCCUUCGGAGGUCACCGAGGAGGCUGGCAGUUUACCCAGCACGUCCCCAUGGCAGGCUGUUCUAAUAAUGGACGAGUAUGAUGAAUGGUUUUGUGGGGGGACAAUUCUAAAUGAGUAUUUUAUACUUUCUGGAGCUCAUUGUGUUAACGAGCCUAAAGACUUAUCGGUUCUUGUUGGGAUGGUGGAUAAAGAAAAGGAAGAGCCAAGUAGAGCAAAGCACAGAGUGGAAAAAAUAAUUAAACAUGAUAAAUUUGAUACAGAAACUUUUGACAGCGACAUAGCCCUUCUCAAAUUAGAGGAACCUAUCACAUUUUCUGAGGAUGUUGUCCCAGCAUGCCUUCCAGAAGAAGACUUUGCUAACGACAUCCUGAUGAACCAAACAUUUGGAAUUGUCAGUGGCUUUGGGAGCAUGUUUGAACGUGCGCGGCCAGUCAAGAGAAUGAAAGUGCUUCAAAUCCCUUAUGUGGACAGGGACACUUGCAAGCUUGCCCUUCGUAAGCCAGUCACAGAAAACAUGUUCUGUGCUGGUUAUGAUAAAGAUGGAAAAGAUGCCUGCCGAGGAGAUGGAGGAGGCCCCCAUGUAACCCAAUACAAUGGCACUUAUUUUGUUACUGGUAUCAUCAGCUGGGGAGAAGGGUGUGGAAGGCAAGGAAAAUAUGGAGUAUACACCAACUUGUCAAAGUUCCUACCCUGGAUAAGAAGUGUUUUGACUGAAAACUCUUAA